AUGGAGUCCGGCAGCGUCUCCCCGAUGCCCUCAUUCCCGGCGUCGCGGGCGGCCACUCCCAUGUCUAAACUCGACCCCAAUACACCGCGCAAGACCAAGAUCUGCGUGUACUGCGGCUCUUCCAAGGGCAAGAGCGCAGCACACAUGCAAGCGGCCCGAGAUCUGGGCAAGAUCAUGGCCGAGAACAACAUCGGAUUGGUCUACGGAGGCGGAACAGUUGGUCUGAUGGGUGAGGUUGCCAAGACGGUAGUAGCCCUGUCCAGCCCUGACGCUGUCCAUGGCAUCAUCCCUGAGGCUCUUGUCAAGUACGAGCGGGAUUCGACAUAUACGUCGAAGCAGGGUACCGACGGUUUGUCUAUUCCCGAGGAGCAAAUCUAUGGCAAGACUACGGUCGUCAGGGACAUGCACACCCGCAAGCAGAUGAUGGCCCAAGAGGUACUUGAGGGUGGCCCGGGCAGCGGCUUCAUCGCUCUUAGCGGCGGUUAUGGCACCAUGGAGGAGCUGCUCGAGACUGCGACGUGGAAUCAACUGGGCAUCCACAGCAAGGGCGUGUGCAUAUUGAAUAUUGACGGUUUCUACAAUGGCCUACUAGACUGGGUCAAGAAAGCUGUAGAUGAGGAUUUUGUGCGGGGCGCCAAUGCAGAUAUUCUUGUUACUGCAACUGACGCCGAGGGUGCAGUGAAAGCACUGCGUCACUACAAGGUAUCGCAAAACAGAUACAACCUAGAGUGGGAAAACCGAUAA